AUCAAGUACAAGAACGAAUUUCGAAGUGGGUACUUUCUUGUCAUAUUACUGAAUCUACAAGCACUUUGAGUAUCAAAUGAGAAUUACAGGCACUUGAUGAAUGUACCUCCCUAUUCAUUUGAACACGUUAAAUAUAGCAAAAUGAAAGUUAUAAACGGUUGUUGCCAUUUGUUCAUGUUAUUUGAUUAUCUGAAGCGUGAUGUGAAUGCUGGUAUUAUUUAUGGUGGUUCUUAAAUCCAUUAGUUCUAGGUUAUAUGUGGGGGUGAAUUUUGUAUGUAGCGAAGAAUUUGACAUGAUGAUUAGCCUACUUGCUGAAGAUCAUUUGCACUUUAGGAGAUAAUCAUCCCAAGAUUCAAUAUAUUUUAGAAGAUUUUAUGAAAGCAGGCAAGAGUUCAGGGGUUGGUUCUCUUUGCAGCCUUCUUUAAAGUGCUUUAACAGAACUACACGAAGUAGUAUAAAUUUAGCUACUUAUGAGAGGUGCCCUUUUUAUGAUUUGUUUCUUUUCAUUUAUAUAUAUGUAUAUCUUAAUCUUAUGGUCCCCAUUUCUUAUAAUAAAUAUAUAAUCUUAUGGAGAAUCCAAUUCCAUAAGUUAAUAGCAGCUGUAUUCUCAACUGCAAUUAAUUUUUCUUUUUAAAAAAAAUAAAGAUCUUCAAGAAUUAUUUAUGACAAAGCUGACAUCUAUCCGAUUCGUUAAGUAUUGUAUUCCUACUCAACUUCAUUCUCUAUUUCAAUAUAGCUUGAGAAGUUUUCUGGAUUGAAGCAUUUUAAUUUUUUAUUUAUUUUAUAUAUGUGGAAUUUGAAUGCUCUAAAUCCACUUUUUCUUAAGCUUUAUAUUUCUGGUCCCGGUCCGCUUUGAAGUUUUCCUUUGAGCUGUUGGUCGCUCCAAGCUAACUAACUCUUGUAUUGAAGAAGUAUCUCUUUGCAAUAUUAUUGUGCUAAUAAUGGUGGAGACAGGUUAAAUUAUUGGUCAUGCCUUUUGGACUCAAAAGGAUUUCUUAUCUCAGAAUAUAUUGACAUUCAUACACUAUAAUGGUAAGUGUUGAAUACCUUUAGUGAUUGAAAAGCAGGAGCAGAGACCAGGCAUAAAGUUCUUUUUCUAUUUUUACUAUGGCUUUUGUUUUUUAUAUUUUGGCUCUACUCUUUCACUUUAUUCAUAAUUUGCAUUAAACAACACAUUAUGCCACAGGGUUAUUUGUCAACUGUGGUGAUAAUGGUUAAACAAAAACUUUUCUUUUCCCUGAUGGUCAAUAAUAUGGAAAAACAAUUCAAAAUGAAUGAUCAUUUUUUACUUGGGGAAAGUAAAGUUUCGAUCAGUCUGUUUUAAAAAUUCCUAGUUUCAUGCUCUACUCCAUAUAUUUGGUCUAUUAUAAGCUUGAAGUGCAUUCUACUUCUAUUGUGAAUUUUGCAUCUCAAAAGUUCUGCUCUUAAUCUCCAUGUGAAUCAACAGUGUAAAGUGUAGAUAAGAAGUUUGUUUAUAUUGGACUAGUCUGUUUUGUUUUAAGCAAUAAAUAGUUCAUUACAGUAGCUCAUUGCUGAAAAAUCAUAAAAAGUGGGUCUUAGAGUUGAUAUGUGAACUUAUUAUAAUUGGGUUGAUAUGUGAACUUAAUAUAUGUGCACUGUUUUAGUGAUUAUCCAUUGAAAUCAGUGAUAGAAUAUUGAGUUUGGCAUUGAAUAUGGUCAACUGGGGGGGUUAAGUACAUUGUAAGAGGAUGCUUAAGAUUGCUCAUAUUAUUAUUUUUAUAUAUAAUUUAUUAGUGUUUUUUUAAAAGUAAUAGUCACGGAAAAUGGGUGGAGAUAUUGUCACCAUAAUUUUGUAUAAGUUUGGUUUAAGAAGUCUGAGGAUAAGUAUAGAACUCUCUUGGAUGUGACAUGGGUAGAGCUUUCCAUGAUAGUUGGGUGUCAAUGCUUUUUUUUAAGGCUUACUCAUUUUAUAAGUUACAUAUUUCUUCUCUCCGCCUUUGACUUUUGUUAUUUUUUUCCCCUAUUUUAAUACAUGCUCUCUUUUUUUUAUUUCAACUCUUCUCAUUACGACUUGUUUAAAAAACUAUUUUUCUUAUGAGAAUUCAUAAUUGUAUUGUAUGGCAGUGUUUUUUUUUAAUUUUUUUUAUAUAAUUCUUCUUGUGUAUGAAAAUGCAUACUAAGGCAUAGAUGACUAUAAUUGUUAAUUUAUAAUUUAAACAUGUAUUUAUUGAUUUUAUAUGUGUCAUAAACUAGCAUGUUAAUAACUUAUAGCUAUAUUUAGCUCAGGCUAAUUUAACAUGUAAAAAGCCUAUUUAUGAGAGAGUACCCUAUAGAAAGAUAAUUUUGCUCUUAAUUUUUGGUGCCCAAUAUUGCAUAAUUUUGUUUUUAACUAUAUAAUAGCUUCAGUUUUUGCAUUUUUAGAUUUUCUAGAUGAGUUUUGCAUUUUAAUGGUUCCUAAAUUUAGUUUUUUUUUCCCUUAAAACAUAAAAAGUUUUAACAAAUUACCGCGUUAUUUUCGUUUUAUUUUUUACUUAUUCAAUUCUAAAAUAUUUUCUUAAACGUUAAGUCUUAAUUUGACUGAAUUACCGACUUUAAUUCCACCUUUUCUGCUGUCAGUUUGAUGAAUAGGCCAAAUUACCUUAAAGUCCCCAAUUCGAACUCACCGUCUGACACUCAUCCCAACCGUCGCAUUGAAGCCCUUUAUCGUCUUUUCACUUGCCAUGCGCUCAAACCUAAAUAAAAAUAUCAGGCUCCUCCUCUCUCUUUUUAAAAAGAUAAAUUAAUUAAAAAGAAAAAGAAAAGCUGAAGACUAUCUUUCUCUCUCUUCCUUUGGAGCGAACCAAUAUUCGGAAAAAGGCUGAAUCUGGACCGUCAAAUUUAAAGAUCAAACGGCUCUCAUAAGUCGGCGAGUAGUUACCCCAUAACUCCUCACUGUGGAUUUUUAUCAUAAACCCUAGCCGCGCGAUUCACAGAAACUCGGUUUCCCUCCUUUUCUCAUCUUCUUCACUCUCACUCACUUUUUCUCCUUCCAAACAACCUAACCUCCUGUAAGUCGGUCUCGAUAGCUCGCCGAUCGUAGAUCUUUCUCUAUCUUUAUAUUUAUCUAUGUUUCUUUCCCUUUCAGAUCUUUAGGUUCUGUAUUUUCCCUUUUUUGUUGUAGAUAUAUACAGAACUUUCUUCUUCAUCUUGUAUUUUCAUGAGUCUUUCUGAGAUUAUUGUUGUAUUUUUGUGUUUGUAAAUUUUUUUAGAGAAAAAAAAAAGAAGAAGAAUAGAUUGUUUGUUACGUGUAAUUUUCUUGUACAUACAACGAGUCGUAUUUAAACUUUAUGAGCUCCGACUCAGUGAGUCAAGAGUGAGUCAAGAUAAUGACGGACUGGGAAGCAUCUUGGUCGAUUUGCGUUUCCGAUUAUGAGGUCUGUUCGUGCUGAACUUUUGGGUUCAGGGUGGUUUGGGUCAGUCCACGCGUCCGAGUUCGAGGCUGAGUUGACUCGUAGGUCGACUCGAAGGCUCAGUGAGUCCGGCGAUAAGGUAGUUAGUCCACGAGUCAAGGCGCUCGGUAGCCUGGGCACUGCGGCAAUGCCAUCCGUUGGCAUGAGAAGGACCACGAGGGUGUUUGGGGUGGUUAAGGGUGCGGAUGGAGCGAGGGUGUUAAGGUCAGGGAGGCGGCUCUUGGCCGAAUCUGGUGAGACCAAACUCAGGAGACAUAACGAUGGGGAUGACUGGUUCAACGUUGUCAAGAGCAAUGGCGGUAAAGGGGGUGGCGGUGGAGGUCUAAGCUAUGGCUGGACUGACAAUGAUAAGCCCAAGAGAACCCCCAUCGUGGCUGAACUUGAGGUGCCUAAAAAGCCCCCAAAGGAAAGUGUUGGGGCGGCUUUGGCCAAAGUGCACGACCCUGAUAAAAUGUAUGGAAUUGUGUAUACCCGAAAGAGGAAGCAAAGUUGCCGAAGUCCAGUCAUCUCGAAGACUUUGUGUGAAGGCAGGUUUGGGCGUCGUUUCGUGCGUCGACAGAGAAGGAAGCUAAAUUCUGGUGUGAGCCUAGCGGCGGGAGCUGGUAGUUCUGAUGUCCGAGGGGUGAUUAGCGUUGCUGUUGCUUCUUCCUUGGACAGGAAUCUUUGUGCUGUUAGUUUUUUGUAUUCGGUUUUGGUAUACAUGACGAGGGCCAGGCUGAGAUUGACCGAUCUUUUUGAUUUUCUCAUCUCCGAACCUUUACGAAGUGUUCACACUUCAUCUGGCGUGACCACUUUUUUGGAUCAUCCUUCGACUAAGCGUUUUGCGAGUUGCAAGAUUUUUGGAGCUAUGCAAUUUCAGCCUAUAUUUUGUGUGGACUUUUCUGCAAUUCCGUCUUGUUUUAUUUUCAUGCAUUCAUGCAUGUAUUUUAGAAAGUAUCAGCCAUCACUUCGGAAUGAUACAAUUCUUGAUGGUGACGAGAUUAUGUCUGAUGAAGAAGAAAAUACAGAUAUUUUGGAAUCUGGUGCUAUUAUGCGCCCUGAAUUAAAUUAUACUGAGAACAGGUGGUUGUCACAUCCAUCUGUUAAAGCUUCGAAGUUGGCUGGUCGAAGCACUCAAUACAGGGGUGGGUUAAUUUCACGCAAAAGGCGGAGUUCCCUGAGGAGGACGAGAGCUAGAAAUCCGUCAUUAAUGAAUAGUGUACAGAAUUUUAAUGGAGUUUUAGUUUCUGAUUUAGGUAUCUUUAGGAAAAAUGCAGUUCCUUCUGUAGCAUCUAAUAACAAGCUUAGGAGAUCACUUCGGAAUAAUAGACCGGUUGGAGGCUUGAAAGAUUUGAACUCAACAAAAGCUGUAUUAACAAAGAGUAAGGAUUCAGCUUCCUGCUCUGCAAAUAUUUUGGUCAUCGAAUCAGACAAGUGUUACAGGAUUGAAGAGGUAGAUGUUAGUUUAGAAAUGUCUUCUUUAGGAGAGUGGCUUAUUGCUGUUAAGAAAGAUGGAACAACGAAAUUCACCCACAAGGCAGAAAAGGUUAUGAGGCCGAAUUCUUUCAACCGCUUCACACAUGCUGUAAUAUGGGCUGUGGAUAAUGUCUGGAAGCUUGAGUUUCCUGAUAAAAUGGACUGGCUUAUCUACAAGGAUCUUUACAAGCUAUGUUGUGAUCGAAAUGUGUCAUCCCCUGGGGUUAAGAAUAUCCCUAUACCUGGAGUAAAUGAGGUCUCACUUGAUUGGGAUAGCCAUAAUGCUCCAUUUUGCAGACCAGAUUCAUACAUAUCCAUGAGAGAAAAUGAAGUCAGCAGAGCCAUGGCAAAUAAGAACGCUAAUUAUGACAUGGAUUUGGAGGAUGAGGAAUGGCUAAAUAAAUUAAACAGCGAGUCUUGUGUAGAGAAUGGGAUGCGGGAGCAUGUUUCAGAGGAUAAUUUUGAGUCAAUGUUUGAUACCUUUGAGAUAGCCUACUUUUAUAAUGAAGUUGAUAUCACCAAGGACACAAAUUUAGCUGUUCAUCUAUGUCAGCAUCUGGGUGGGAGAGAAGUAGUAGCAGCUGUUUAUGAAUAUUGGUUGGAAAAGCGGAAGCAGAAGAAGGCAUCUCUGCUUCGGGUUUUUCAGGGUAAUGAAAUGAAAAGAGCUUCAAUAGCCCCAAAGAUUUCAUACCGCAGGAAAAGAUCCUUCAAACGACAACCAACUCAAUUAGGAAGAGGCAAACAAACUAGUUUUUUGUUUCACGCCAUGGCGUCUGAAAUGAACAGUGUUGAAGAACAGAAUGCCAGGCUCACUAAAGCUCAAAUAUCAGCGAACAAGUGUAUGGAAUCAGCGGUUUAUAAACGUCGUAGGGCUCAGCUGCUUAUGAACAAUGCAGAUCUGGCAACUUACAAGGCAACAAUGGCUAUUAGAAUUGCUGAUGCGAUGGCUUUAUAUCCCCAUUCUGCUUCUGCUUCUGCUUCUGCAUAUUUUCUUGAUUGAGAAUCGAAUUGCUAUGACCACAAUUACCCAAUUUUAAAUUCAAGGGGGGAAGGAAUAAUUUCUCUGUGGCUGGCUGGUUGGAAAGGCCUUUCUUUUUUUUGGAGAAAUGCAAGUAAUGUAAUUUUGUAUAGCUUUUUCAUUGGUAUUAUUGUACAUUCUGUAUUAUUAUUAUUAGUAUAACCUCACACCAAUAGUGUACAAGUGAAUUCAGUUGAUUUCCUUAGGUAGAAAAUGAUGGGAAAAAGAAAUUACAUGAUUAUUGGGCCCAAA